CGCAAACCAUGCGUCUCUCUUCGGGAAGAUGGCUGCUGCUGUGUACAUGAUGCCAUACUGAAUGGACGGAAAACAAACCGAUAUUCGUAAAAUUCCCCCCUCUUCCCUCCUCUAUAUCCCGCUCCGCAUCCAUGCACACGCGUUUACGUUAAAAAGAACCCGAUUUUAACCUAGUGUGAAGAACUAGGAUGAUAAUAUGACCCAGAAGAAGAAGAAGCGAGUGAAUCGCAGUUUGUUACUGGCGAAGAAAAUCAUCAUCAAGGAUGGAGGAACGCCUCAGGGCUUCGGCGCCCCCAGUGUUUAUCAUGCUGUUAUCGUCAUAUUUCUGGAGUUCUUCGCUUGGGGUUUGCUGACAGCACCUACUUUGGGAGCUCUUCAUGAAACAUUCCCGAAACACACGUUUCUCAUGAAUGGCUUGAUUCAGGGGGUUAAGGGCCUGCUGUCGUUUCUAAGCGCUCCUCUGAUUGGUGCUCUGUCAGACGUGUGGGGAAGGAAGUCCUUUCUUUUGCUCACUGUGUUCUUCACGUGUGCUCCAAUUCCUUUAAUGAAGAUCAGCCCGUGGUGGUACUUUGCCGUUAUCUCUGUAUCUGGAGUGUUUGCCGUUACCUUCUCGGUUAUAUUCGCCUAUGUGGCCGACAUCACUCAAGAGCAUGAGCGCAGUAUGGCUUACGGCAUGGUCUCUGCCACGUUUGCGGCGAGUCUCGUGAUCAGCCCGGCCAUUGGCGCGUAUCUGAGUCAGGUUUAUGGAGACAGUCUGGUGGUGGUUCUGGCUUCUGCCAUCGCUAUGCUGGACAUCUGCUUUAUCCUGGUGGCCGUGCCCGAGUCACUUCCGGAAAAGAUGAGGCCGGCGUCCUGGGGCGCCCCCAUCUCGUGGGAACAAGCUGACCCCUUUGCUUCUCUGAGGAAGGUGGGUCAAGACUCGACGGUUCUGCUCAUCUGUAUAACAGUGUUCCUGUCGUAUCUGCCUGAAGCUGGACAAUACUCGAGCUUCUUCCUGUACCUGCAACAGAUAAUGGGAUUUUCCCCUGAAAGUGUUGCUGCGUUCAUCGCUGUUCUAGGAUUGCUGUCUAUUGUUGCACAGACUGUAGUGUUAAGUUUACUCAUGCGUUCCAUCGGGAACAAGAACACAAUUUUGCUGGGCCUGGGAUUUCAGAUUCUGCAACUCGCCUGGUACGGGUUCGGAUCUGAGCCAUGGAUGAUGUGGGCAGCCGGAGCAGUUGCCGCCAUGUCUAGUAUCACUUUCCCUGCUGUUAGCGCCCUGAUUUCCCGCACAGCUGAUCCGGAUCAACAAGGCGUGGGUCAGGGUAUGGUGACGGGAAUCCGUGGGCUGUGUAAUGGUUUGGGUCCGGCCCUCUACGGUUUCAUCUUCUACAUCUUUCAUGUCGAGUUGGACCAAGUUCCAGAGAAAGACCCGGAUAUACCGCAUCACCAUGAUCCCCACCAACAGAGUUCAAUAAUCCCAGGACCGCCAUUCCUCUUCGGCGCAUGUUCUGUGCUGCUGGCGCUCCUGGUGGCUCUUUUUAUUCCCGAACACCCCCAUAUGGGCACUCGUGCGGGCAGCUGGAAGAAGCCCACAUCACCCCACGGGCACUCGCACAGUCCCCACCCACCCGGAGAGGCCAAAGAGCCCCUCCUACAGGACACUAACGUGUGAUUGGGUGUUUUUCAUGUGGCUGUAUUGGCCACGCCCCCUAACCAUUGAGAAACGAACUGCGCAUGGAGGCUGUUGUCAUUUAUUGAAACGUAAAGCUAUAUCGAAGGCAUGCACAGUCUUGCACCUAGAGCUCUACCUUCCUGCAGAGUUUUAAACUUGCUAAUUAAGCAUGAAAAUUACAGACAGGUGUGUGAACUCUGCAAGAAGGAAAGUCUCUGAUUAAGACUAGGCGUCCCUAUUGUAUCAUGAAUAGAGCACCACUUUUUAAAAGAAAUGUAUAUAGAAGAACAUAUAUUUAACGACGGUUCUGUCCAAAGGCACUAUUGCAAUGGCUUGUAUUUAUUCUUUUUAUUGUUUUUUUUUUGUUGCCUUUUUUUUUUUUUUUGUUGCUCUUUUUUUUUUUUAUAUAUAGUUCUUCAUUUACCAUAGCUCACUCAGGGACAUUAACCCGGUCAGGAAUGUUUCCGGACACAAGGUGUUCUCCUUAUCAGAAGAGCCUGGAGAGAACAUACUUGCAUACAUACAAACAAAAGGCGUCAUUCAUGAAACGCAAGCAGAACGAAUUUGUGCAAAUCGCUUGUAAAACUAUUCGCAAGAAUUUCACAUAGAACAAACGCAUGUAACUCGUUCGUAAAAACAUUCAUAAAUUUUGAAAUGGGAAAAAAAUGGUGUAAAUCGUUUUCUAAAAUUAUUUGCAAGAAUUUGCGUAGAACAAAUUUUAAUUCGUAAAACUAUUCGUAAGAAUUUCAGCCAAAUA